UCCUCUCCUCUCCCCUCCUCUCCUCUCAUCUCCCCUCACCAAAUAAUGUUGGACUUUGUUCCGUUACCGUGGCGCUGAGUGAAUACAUUACCGGGUCUUCCGGUUCAUAAGUCAUUCCCUCUCUCUCUCCACGCUGAAAGUAACGGGAAGGCCGGGAACAGAUUGGAAUAGAGGGAAGGGGACGGACAGAAGGUAAAUACAGAGAGAGAGAAGGACGUUAGUUAGAGUCAAAAAACAAACAAAGAACCUAGAGUAGCAUCAUCAAUGAGAGGAGGGGGCCGAACUGAGACGUUGGACCCGGCUGUUUCUGUGGGGGGGGGGGGGAUCAGUCGAAGCCGACGUCAACAGCUCCAUGAAGGAGGGGACUAUCGGAGCAGUGAACUGGGACGACGAGACCAUCGCAGUGGGACCAGAGAACCAGUGAAAGGGGGGGGGGACUAGUACCGGACUCAAUGAAGGGGGACCACAGGGCCGGAGAAGGGGGCACCCAGUGCACCGUGCUGUGGACUGAGGGCCAGGGGGAGAAGGAGAAGGGCCAGGCCGGGGGCCCGCGGGCCAGGCAGCGGCCCCACGCGCUGUGGCGUCUGCUGGACUGCAGCGGGGACAUGGUGGGCCUGGACACGUACGUACAAGAGCGGCCGUUUGCCCUGCAGCUGGUGGUGUGGUUCCUGCGGGGGGUCUCCAGGGUCAUCCUGGCCAACAACCCGCUGAGCGGAGCUCUCAUCCUCGCCGCGCUCCUCUGGGCUUCCCCCUGGCAGGGCGUCCUGGGAACUGUGGGUGUGCUGGCCUCCAUGCUCACAGCUAUCCUCAUAGGACAAGACGGCGCGGAGGUGACCGCUGGUCUCCAUGGUUAUAACGGCAUGCUGGUGUCCCUGUUGAUGGGCGUGUUCAGCUCGGCCGGGGACUGGUACUGGUGGCUGCUCCUGCCUGCGUGCCUGGGAGCAGCAGCAUGCACCUUCCUGUACAGCGGUCUGUCCCCGGUGUUGGACCGCUGGGACCUGCCCGUGGCCGUGUUCCCGUUCAACAUCGUCAUCGUCCUCUACCUGCUGGUUACCAGGCCGGACAACCCUUACUUCCCGCACUACCCUUCCCUGCCAGUGGGGGCGCUGCAGGCCAACGCCACAGAGCUCAACACAGCGCAGUUGCUCCAGGGAAUCUUCCUGGGCGUGGGGCAGAUCUUCGCCUGCGACUCCCUGGGGCCCUCCCUGCUCAUCCUGGGGGCCACGCUGCUCUACUCGCCCCUCCAGGCCCUGCACGCCGUCCUGGGCUCCGCAGCGGGGACGCUGGCCGGCCUCUCGGUGGCGGUGCGUCAUGGCAGCCUGUACUCCGGUCUCUCUGGGUUCAACGGGGCCCUGGGCUGCAUGUGUGUGGGGGGCCUCUUCUUCACUUUCAGCUGGAGGAGCCACCUGUUCGCCAUUGCCACUGCCUUCCUCUGUUCAUACGUUGACAUCGCCUUCAGCAAUCUCCUGGGGACGAUUGGUCUCCCAGCAUGCAGUUGGGCAGCGACUCUGGUAGUCACACUGAUGCUGUUGCUCACAGGCCGGGGCUUAGCCGCCUACCGCAUCCCCGUUGGCCAGGUCAGGAGCCCCGAACACAACCUGAGCUCACGCAGCCAAUGGAAAGCCGGCAACACGUUGGACCCGGAUAGCACCGUUGUGUAGACUCCAGACACACACUCAUCGCAUAUGUGUGUGUGUGUGUGUCUCGUUGGAAUGGACUAAAUACAACACAGCCCUAUCAUAUAAUUGCUUUGACAAUUAGAGGGUUAGUAGUGAGCUUUUUUUCUACAAAAUCCAUAAUUUGCCCUCAGCUUGGCAGUUAUCUCAGGAAAUACAGAAAACACUUACAAAUUAGUAAGGGUUUGUGGGUCAGUUGUUAGCACGGUCUAAGCUAUUCCCUUUGCAGUAUGCUAAUAUAAUAUUGCCAUCUAAUUAUCAUAUGAUUCAAAUUUUCAAUGCCCUCUGAAACAUACACAUAUUAAAUUGACUGUUAAGCGUCCAUAAUUGUUCGGAAAAAUGAUACUAAAAUUCAACAAAUUAAAAUAUUUACAAAUGACUUUUUCCAGAUAGUUUUUGUAUUUGUAAAUGAAAGCAGUGCAAUGUGGUCAUACAAAGGCGAAAAAGAAUCACCCCAAAAUAAAACCAGUUCCAUAAAAUGUU